CAAUAUGAAGCUCAAUAUCAGUUACCCAGCCACUGGCUGCCAGAAAUUGAUUGAAGUUGAUGAUGAAAAGAAACUGCGCCCUUUCUAUGACAAGCGCAUUUCUGCUGAGUUAUCUGCUGACUGCCUUGGAGAUGAGUGGAAGGGCUACGUUGUCCGCAUCAGUGGUGGAAACGACAAACAGGGAUUCCCCAUGAAACAAGGUGUCCUGACCGCCACCAGAGUGAGGUUGUUGCUCGACAAGAACCACUCUUGCUACAGGCCCAGGCGCACUGGUGAGCGCAAACGCAAAUCUGUCCGUGGGUGCAUCGUCGACAGCAACUUGAGUGUCCUGUCUCUUGUUAUCAUCAAGAAAGGAGAGCAAGACAUUCCCGGGCUCACCGACAAGACCAUCCCCCGCAGACUGGGACCCAAGAGGGCCAGCAAAAUCAGAAAACUGUUCAACUUGUCCAAGGAGGAUGACGUGAGGCAGUACGUCGUGAGGAGGCCCCUGCCAGAGAGAGACGGCAAGAAAGCCAAGAGCAAGGCCCCCAAGAUCCAGCGUCUGGUGACCCCUGUGGUGCUCCAGCGCAAGAGAGCGCGCAUGGCCCUCAAGAAGAAGCGCGUGACCAAGAAACGUGAGGAUCACGCCGAGUACACCAAGCUGCUGGCCCAGAGGAUGAAGGAAGCCAAGGAGCGCAAGAUGGAGCGCAAGCGAUCCAACUCCAGGAGCAAGGGAGACUCAAUCAGGGAGUCUACGUCCAAGAAGUAAUUUGGAAG